UUCUAGGGCAACCUAAGGACUCCUGGGGUCAUCCCUGGCAAUGGGACUGUACGCUGCAAUCUGCUUUAUUAUAUUGUCUGUGACACUGACAUGGGCAGAGAGGCCGGAAUGUCCUCAAGUUUGCGAAUGCCCUGAAGACCCCACCUGCCCUCUUGGAACAACCCAGGACACUUGCGGCUGCGCAUGCAAUGUGUGCGUCCAGGAUAUUGAUGCUGAGUGCGAUGGAUUCAGACCCUGUGACAACAUGAAAAACCUGACCUGUGAUUAUCAACUGGACCCUACGAAAAAACAAGGAGUGUGCAAAGAUCAAGAAGAAGAUUCUGCACCAGUGUUGGACUCACCUACCUGUAAACCUGCCACUGAGUGGACCCCCUGUUCAAAAACAUGUGGAUUUGGGAACUCCAUACGUAUAACGUAUGAAGAAGAGACCUGUGUUCCAAAGGCUGAGCGAAGGCUGUGUAUGAUCAGACCCUGCAAGGGACAAUAUAGCAGAGCCAAUUACACGGUCCUGAAGCCCACCAACGCCUGUAGUCGCGUCCUGCGCUGGUCCCAACCUUUGCAUGUUCGUUUCCGUGACUGCCUGUCAAGCCUUCCUCUACUCCCUCGAUUCUGCGGCCAUUGCUCUGAUGGGCGACUCUGCAGCCCCUCCGUCACUGAAACGCGUCCAGUGGCAUUUCAGUGCGCUCACCUUGAUAGAAAAGUCAUCCGCCAAGUGAUGUGGGUGCGGCGGUGCACCUGCGGGGGCAAGGGAUCAAAAAAGGGCAAAGGGAAGAAAAAAUUGGAGGUGAGACCUAUGGAGUUGGGGAAGGAGGAUACAGAAGAAAUCGAAGAAGUGGAGGAAAUAUAAAGCUGGAUCUGCUUAACCUGAGAAGGAAAUGAGAAACAAUGGAUAUAGGGAUAAAUAUGGACCAAACAUGGAAAUGUACAAGUGACUGAUGAUUACACUUACAGCCUAUUUGUCUUUUAAAAUGAUACAUAUAUAUAUAGAUUAUUAGCUAGAUUCAGAAAGACUUAGGCUGGGGUAUCAGUAGAUACCCCAGCCU